ACGUCAAGACAAAUGCCCGGGUGAACGAGUUCUACGAGUUGUCGGGCGACGCCAUCAACGCUGGCUCCAAGUGCAUCCUGAAGAACGCGCCCCGCUGCACGGCGCUAAGCGGGCUCGCAGCGGAGGGUUCGCUGGCGAAGACGGAGACCGAGUGGCACGUCACCCUGGCGGAGGAACACUUCAAGCCGCGGGUGCUCAACGCCACGGCAGAAAUCAUGGACCCGCUCGGGCCCUUCGUGCCCAUUGGCGAGCCGAGUUUCGGAAAGACGCCUCUGGGGCGGUCGCGCCUCUUCGCGCUCUGCCGCCGCGGCGCCCGCAUCCACGAGUUGGACCCCGAAUCCGCGCGCGCCCGCGGGACGCCCGAGAUCGACUUCCUGCGCGGGGGGCCUGGUUCUCUCACCAUGGGCGACUUCUUGGAUGAUGGUCCCCUCAACCAAUGGCCGUCGAAACAGGUCAAGGCCUUCCUGGGCGCCGGCAAGUUCGAGUCCGCGCGCUGGGCGCGGUGGGGGGCGACCAAGUGGGUGAAGGGCGACCCGCGCGCCAUUGCAGACCAGGUGUGCGACCCCGAGGAAGUGAAGAAUGACUGCUGGCCGCGCGUUAAGUUCCAGGAUUUCUUCAACCUCGUCAGGCCAGCCUAUCACGAGAAGGCCGACGUCCAGCGCAAGUCGAUCUGCAGCUUGGACGAGUACUCGACGACGGAGGGCAAGCGACUCUACGGCCUGUUCAAGGCGGGGGACCUCACGCCGCCGCCGAACAAGGACGCGCUGCUGCAGAAGGAGCAGACCUUUGCGGAGAACGCCUUCAGGGCCAGAGACACGGCGACGGCUGCUCCGGCGCGCGCGCAGAUCGCCGUGAAGGAAGAACCCCAGUCUCCAGAGACACGGAGGUUCAGGAGCUUGGCUGCCUUGUCUGGCACGGUCGACACCGACAGCUCCCAGUCCCCAGCGAAGCGGCAGGCCACUGGGGCGGCUUCGGCAUCUGCGGCUGCUGCCCCAGCCCGCGGCGAGCUGGAGGUGGAUCUCUCGCAGGCCUUGGGCAAGAGCGGCGUGGAU